GCCAGCAAUGCUGAUCUUUAGAGAAAACUAAUUACUUUUUUUCAAUAAUUCGUUUUCUUAUACUUACAACUUUUUGUGGUUGUAAACUUUCUAAAAUUUCGCUUAAUUAAUAGAAUGAUAUAAAUAUUGUUUACUAUCAGUAAAAAGUAUAAAAGCUUUCAAAGAGGUACCUACGUAUUAGGUGUGUUAACUGGGGACAAAAGCAACUAGCAAAAUGACGACUACGGGAAAAAUAUUAAUCACAUUAAUAUUGAUUGAAUGUGUUUGGAACUCUAAUGCUAAAUUUCAUAAACAUCUGUCAAGGAAGAUUAAACAUAAGAGAGAUGAUAUUUGGGGUCAAAAAUUGUCUGACUUGAAUGGUAAUCCUUCAUUAAACACAGUAGUAAAUCAAAAUUAUGUGGGAGCUGAAAAUCAAGCACCACAAGUAUAUAAUGACUAUAAUACUUUAUCAAAACAGAACCUGCAAGAUGUCCAAGAAAAAGACUAUAGCCAAUUUAUGAAAAUUUCGCAGCAAGAGCUAAAUGCUGCAUAUCAAAUGGUGAACAGCGGUCAGUUUGAUAAUAGUUUGAACGCUAACAAAAUUUAUUCAAAUGAGCAAAAAGGGCAGAUGGUUACAAAACAAAAUGAUAAUUUAGAAUCAAUACCAAAAGAAACCUUAAAUUAUGUUGAAUCAAACAAUCAUGAAACUCAAGUUAAUACAGUAGGAACAAACAACUUAUUAGGUAAUGGCAUGUUUCCUGGAAGUGAUGGUUUUAAAAAAUCAGGAGUUCCUGAAACUCGCCAAUCUAUUCCUGCAAACGAAACUCAUCCUGAAGGGGUACAUACCCAUCUUACAGAUACUGCAAUUAUAACACAUAAAGACAAUGAUUCAAAUUUUCAAGCAGUCAGCAGAUACCCACCACAUAUAACAAAAGAUGGAAAGAGUGUAUCAGGACCUUCAAAUUUAAUUAACUCAAAACCUAAAUCUGAUGCUCAAAGUUUGCCAUUACAAUUUGAUGUUAAAAAUGAAGAUGAUGUUCGUUGCAUAAACUAUACAACAAGCAUUUGUUUCCACAGUUGGAUGAAAAAGCAUUGUGCAAAUAUGUGUAAAAACUUUACUUCUGUGGUAGAUGAAAAAGUAAAACCACCGCUUCAGAAUUUAACCAAUUCUUACAAGAGUUGUUUGUUGCCAAGUUAUGGUGGAAAUUCAUAUGGCUCUUGUUGUUCGGUACCUUUUGUUUUUUCUGGAAAACCCCAAUAUGGGUGUAUUUUGCAACCAGGAUUGGGAUAUUGGUGUGGAACAACAAGUAAUUUUGACCAAGAUCAAAAAUGGGGAAUGUGUGGAUCUUGUGUUCAACUACCCUGUCAAACAACAACAACAUUAGCUCCAACUACCACAACAGUUUCAACAACCACUACAGCGAAGCCAACUACAUUAUCAACUACAACAACUACAACAACUACAAUAGCACCAACAACAACUGUAGCAUCAACAACAACAACUGAGGUACCCACUACAUUAACAACUACAACAACUACAACUACUACAACAACAACAAUGAAGCCAACAACAACUACAACAACAUCUAAGCCAGUUUUAGUUUGUGAAGAAUGGUCAGCAUGGAGCGAUUGCAGCACCUCAUGUGGUUUUGGAAAGCGAUUACGUGAAAAGGUUUGCAGAGAGGGUGGAAAAGCUGAAAAAUUAAUUGCAUCAAAGCAGUGUUAUAUGACUGACUGCCCACCACUUUGCAAUCCAUGGUCAGACUAUAGUGAAUGUAGCAAGACAUGUGGCGGAGGUGUGCAGGAGCACAAAAGAAACUGCUCAAUUACAGACAAUAUUCAAGUUGAUGUUUUAGAGUUUACUGAAUCACGCUUAUGCAAUACUAAACCAUGUCCUACGGAAUGGACUCCAUGGAAUGAAUGGUCUGAAUGCACAUUAACAUGUGGUGGUGGGUAUCAAUAUCGUAAUCGCGUUGGUAGUUGGGAAGAUCUUGGUAGAAUCAUUUCCACACCUCAAACACAAACAAGAAACUGCAAUACUCAAGAAUGCCCCCCACGUUGUGAAAAUUGGGCAGAAUGGAGUGAGUGUUCUAAGUCUUGCAACAGCGGAAAAAAAGAACGUUUCAGAUUGUGUUAUUCAGUGAAAACCAAUUCACCAUUUAGGGAAGAAGAUGUGCAAAUAUGCAAUCAAAUAAACUGUUAUCCACCUUAUUGUGGUCAGUGGUCAGCUUACACAGAAUGCACUGCUUCUUGUCUUGGUGGAAUUAUGUCUCGAUGGAGGACUUGUGAUGGAGUUUACAAUGAACAAAACAUAACUUGUAAUGAAGUUCCUUGUCCAACAACCACAUCUGAACCAAGUACAUGCUCUGAAUGGGGUGAAUGGUCACCUUGUAGUGCAACAUGUAAUGGUAUGCAAACACGAAUUCAUCAUUGCAAAAAUAAUACCCAUGAAGCUGACGAACUGCAAGCACGGCCUUGUAAUACCCUACCUAAAUGUCUUUUUACACCACCUACACCUACAACAGAAUUGUCAACAUCUCCAGUUCCAAUAACAACAACCACUACCACUACAACUACUACUCCAAUUCCAACUACUACAACUGCAGUGCCAACUACAACAUUAACUACUACUACAGAGCCAACUACAACAACAACAGCAACUACUACUACAGCAUCAACCACAACUACAACAACAGUACCAACUACAACCACAACACCAACUACUACCUCAACAACUACUACUACAACACCAACUACUACCUCAACAACAACUACUGCAACAACAACUACAGCAUCAACUACUACAACAACACCUACUAAAGAAACAACAGUAACACCAUCAACAUUAACAACAGAAGUAACAUGGACUGGCUGCACAGGAUGGUCUUCAUGGUCAGAAUGUGCUCAGCCAUGUGGAGGGGGAUAUCAAGAGCGUUAUCGUACAUGCUUAAAAUUACAGCAAGAAAUUGAAACUCGAGCUUGUAAUCUUCACCCAUGUGUAACAACCACACCUGUACCUGUCACUCCAAAUAUUCCAAUCAAAGAAUGCAUUGUUGCUCAUUGGAGUUUUGACAAUGUUGAUGUGAGCAGAAAUCUUAUAUAUGAUGAAGGCCCUUUUGGUAACCAUGCACAAUAUAAUGGAGAUGUUUCCUUUUUACAUGGAAAUUUUUCUUGCCGAAAUGCUACACUUGUCAAAAAUGGAGAGAUAUGGUUUAAUACACCAGCAUUCCAAAAUGUUCCUGUUAAUGGACUAACAAUUGCUGUAUGGGUAUUUGUAGAUUCAACAACUUUUUCUCAGUCACUGUUUCCAUUUGGAAUAUUAGAUUUUAAUAUUGAGUUGGAAGCUGGAAAAGUAAAAUGGACAAAAAUGGAUAAAUUUGGUAGAACAUAUUUUUUGUCAAUCAGUGAUGCAGUAUAUUCAGAUCAGAGAUGGUUUCAUUUAGCACUUGUUUAUAAUGCAACCUCCUAUCAAUCAACAAUUUAUGUAAAUGCUGUUAAUGUGACUACUACUGGAACAGUAGGUGCCACAGAUAGCUAUCGUUUCAAUAAAUUUCACGGAUAUAUAGAUGAAUUGUACAUCUACAACUGUUCCUUAAGUGCUGAACAAAUACGAGUUGUUGCAAAUACUUGUAAAGGCACAGAACGUGGAGGUUGUCCAUCACCAGCUUUGGGAGUGUGUCCUGUUUGCCAUACUUGUAGUUCAAACGGAACAACAACUCCGGCCCCAAUAGCAACAACAGAAAUUCCACCAAUUGAUGGCCGAUAUGGACCUUGGAGUGAUUGGGGUCUCUGCUCAGUUUCAUGUGGAUUUGGUGGAGUUAAAAAUAGGUCCAGAGAAUGUAACAACCCUGAACCUCAAUACGGUGGACUAAAAUGUUCUGAACAACCAGAUCUUGGAAGUGACAUAGACACAAUUAGCUGUAAUUUUGUACAGUGCCCUGUGGAUGGAAUGUGGUGUGCUUGGAAGGAAUGGUCCGAAUGUAGUUCACCAUGUGGAACAGGUAAAAAAUCAAAACAAAGAGAAUGCAAUUGUCCGUAUCCGCAGUAUGGUGGUCAGGUUUGCAAAGGACAAAGUGCAGAGGAAGCUGAUUGCUUUGAAAAAAAUUGUGCUAUAAAUGGUAAUGUAACAUUAUGGUCUGUUUGGUCUCCAUGUUCUCGUACUUGCUCUAAUGGCACAAGAUUUCGUACUCGAGACUGUGCCAAUCCAUCACCAAGGUUUGGAGGCUCUGAUUGCAGAAAUAUAGGACCUUUAGAACAAGUUGAAGAAUGUUACAAUAUACUAGAGUGCCCUGAGGAUGGAAACUGGAGCCCAUGGUCAGGUUGGAGUGAAUGUUCUCGCACUUGUGGAGAUGGAGUUCAGUAUAGAAAUCGAAGUUGUACUAACCCACCACCAACUAAUGGUGGCAAAGUUUGUGAUAAAAGCUCUUGGGAAAUUUUGUACUGUAAACUUGCAGAAUGUUGUGAUGUAAUCUACAAUAGUAUUGGUUGUUUUAAAGAUCCUGGUACUGAGCCACGUCCUUUACCUGAUUUGCUUUUCACAGACAAUGAUCCAGAUAAUUUUAUUGAAUCUGGGAAACCUAUUCAUAGCCUUGAUUAUCAAGGUUCAAUUACUGACCUUGUUUGCAGAUGUGCUAAAUCAGCAAAAAAUAAACUUUUUACGCACUUCAGUAUUCAAAACUUUGGUGAUUGUAUGUCAGGACCGCAUGUGUCAGACACAUACAAUAGAUAUGGCCAAGAGAACAGUUUUUCAUUCAGACCUAACAGACAUCCUUGGUCAGGAUGUCUUGAUAUUGAUCAAUCUAGAUGCAAAGAGUCAUCUCUUACAUGUAUUGGAAUGGAAAGCACUAAUUUUGUUUAUGGAUUAGAGAAUGCUGUGCCUGUUGAUGGAAAUUAUACUGAAUGGAGCUCAUGGUCUUCAUGUUCUCGUUUAUGCGGACUAGGUGAUCGCUUUCGGUCUCGUAGUUGUACAAAUCCUAAACCAGCAUUUGGUGGAAAAUUUUGCUCUGAUCUAGGACCCUCACAUGAGGUCACAGUAUGUAAAGAUGCUGACUGUCCAGUAAAUGGCAUGUGGAGUCCGUGGUCAUCAUUUAGUGAAUGUUCUGCAACUUGUGGGGAAGGUUCAAGAAAUCGAACAAGGUUUUGUAAUUCACCGCCUCCCUCUAAUGGAGGUCUUAACUGCAUAGGUAGUAAUGUAACUAUUGAAGUAUGUGAAGUUGAAAAGUGCAAAGUUGAUUGCAAUUGGUCAGAAUGGCUUCAAUGGUCUCAAUGUAGUGCGACUUGUGGAAACGGCGAGCAAAGACGUAUUCGUUUACCAAAUGCUCCAGAAGCUCAGUUUGGAGGAAAAGUUUGUGAAGGACCAGAUGAAGAAGUUUUUCCAUGCAAAGCUCCUAUAAACUGCUCUGAGGAUGGUAGAUACACACAAUGGAGUGAUUGGUCUCUAUGUUCCAAAAGCUGUGGAGGUGGUGAUAAAUAUCGCACACGCACAUGCACUAACCCUAAACCUAAAUAUGGUGGAAGGGAUUGCAUUAAAAUGGGAUUAGGGUAUCCGAUUGAGCAUGCAUUAUGCAACACAGCAUGUUGUCCAGUACAUGGAAAUCUUUCGGAAUGGACUACAUGGAGUCAAUGUGGAGCUACAUGCGGAAUGAGUGAACAAACACGCACCAGGAAGUGCAAUUCUCCCAGUCCUAUGUGUGGGGGAAGAGACUGUUCUAAUUUAGGUCCAUUGAUUGAAGCACAAUGUUGUAAAGCUGCUGUUGAGUGUCCAAUUGAUGGAAACUGGAGUGAAUUUGGAAAUUGGAGUGAAUGUUCUAAAAGUUGUGGUUUUGGUGGAACUCAAAUAAGGCAAAGAACGUGCAAUAAUCCUCCACCAAAAAAUAAUGGGUUGUACUGUUUUGGUCCAGAUCGAGAAGUGAGAAAUUGCUCAUUUGAGAGAUCUUGUUGUUCUAUUCCUUUUGUUCCACUUGGUUGUUUCAAGGAAUCUCCAUCGCUGUCUAUUUCAACCCGUGCUUUGCCAACAAUUUUAUUUGAUGAUCAAGAAAAUGUAGAUAUUCAUACAUGGGAUGAUUUUCUUGAUAACCUUGUAUGUCGAUGUGCUUCUGCAGCUAAAGUAAAUAAGUUUACACAUUUCGGUAUACAAUCUUUAGCUCAAUGUUAUUCUGGAGCUAAUGCUGCUGAAACAUAUGCUAUUUAUGGACCAUCAGAUUCGUGUAUAACAACUGGUGGACACCCUGGUUCAGACCAGUUUCAACUUUGUCCAAAAAGUUUCAGUGGUCGACCAUGUGCAGGUGGUGACCAAACAAACUAUGUUUAUGGAUUAAAUGAUUCUGGUAUUAAUGGUGGUUACACUCUUUGGACAUCAUGGUCCAGUUGUUCCCAUUCUUGUGGUAAUGGAAAAAAACUGCGUUAUCGAACUUGUACAAAUCCAUCACCAGUUAGAGGAGGUUUAUCUUGCUUAGACCAAAAGCUUGGUUUAGCUGAAGAAGAAGAUUCCUGCAAUGAGGGACCUUGCCCUGUUGACUGUGUUUGGUCACUUUGGUCGAAUUGGUCUGAGUGCUCUGAAACAUGUGGAAUAGGAUACACUUACCGAGAUAGAUCCUCUAAUCAGCCAUUAUCAUUAUAUGGUGGUAAAAACUGCACAGGCCAUCACUAUGAAUCUAUUGAGUGCAAGUUGAAAGAAUGCCCAAUUGAUGGAGGUUGGUCUGUAUGGUCAGACUACUCACUAUGGUCAUCAUCUUGUGGUUUAGCAACUAGGACUAGGGUUAAAACUUGUACAAACCCUGUCCCUGUUUUUGGUGGAAAAAGUUGUGAAGGAUCAGAUACUAUCAGAGAAAAUAAAGAUCUUGGUUCAUGUCCGGUUGAUGGAGAAUGGUGUUCCUGGGAAUCUUGGAGUACAUGUUCUCGCUCUUGUGGUCUUGGAAAUAUAAACAGAGUGCGACAAUGUAACUGCCCAUCACCACAAGGCAGUGGCAAAGUAUGUUUUGGGUCACAUCAAGAAUGUAAAACAUGCAACCUGACAGGAUGUCCUGUUAAUGGUCAAUAUUCUCAGUGGACUCAGUGGACGCCUUGUGAUCAAUUGUGUGGUAAUGGAACUAAAGCACGAUCUCGAGUUUGUUCUAUGCCAACACCUGCAUUUGGGGGAUUAACGUGUAUUCAACAAAAUCUUGGAGAAGCCAAAGAAGAAGUGCCCUGCAAUUUGCAAAGCUGUCCUGUUGAUGGAAAUUGGAACGCAUGGUCAGAUUGGAGUGAGUGUUCAUUUUAUUGCGGAGAAGGUAGGCAGACACGACAACGUUCAUGCACCAAUCCAACUCCACAAUUUGGUGGUAAUAUUUGUGUUGGCAGUGCAGUUGAAAAGAGAUUGUGCAAAUCAGCUGAAUGCUGUGACACACCUCACAGGGCUGUUGGUUGCUUUCAAAAUGUCAGUAGCAAAAUAUUUACUACAGAGUUAGUUAAUUUACAAACACAGUUGGGUGUAAAACCAUGGGAAGAAAUUUUGUCUUCAAUUAUUUGCCAAUGCGCACAGAAAUCAAAAGAAUUAAAAUACAAGUACUUUGGAAUUAUUAAUUAUGUUCAGUGUUGGUCAGGGCCACAAGACACUUACUGGUUUAAUCAGUAUGCACAAUCAAGUCAGUGCUUAAGUAUGUUAAAGCCAGGCCAAACAAAUAAAGUACUUAUUCCAAAUCAAAAUAAUUUUGAACUUUGUUAUAACAACAGCUUACAAUGUGCUGGUCAAGUUAAUACAGCUUAUGUUUAUAGUGUAGCUGAUGUUGUUGUUAAGGAUGGUAAUUUUUCUGAUUGGAGCAGUUGGACUCAGUGUUCAAAAUCUUGUGGAGGAGGGUUACGCUUUGCUUCUAGAAGUUGUAACAACCCACACCCAACAUUUGAUGGUGCAGAUUGCAUAAACCUUGGAGAACUUACUAAAUCAGAAAUUUGUAAUAAUGUGUUAUGUCCAGGUAAUAAUGUGUUAUGUCCAGUAAAUGGUGCUUGGGCUGGCUGGUCAUCAUGGACACAGUGUUCAGUUACUUGUGGUGCAGGAAUUAUUGAGCGCACACGAACUUGUUCAAAUCCUGCUCCAUUGCGUUCUGGUUUAAUGUGCUCAACUGGAUUAAAUGGAGUUUUAGCUUUGAAUCAGAAUGAGAAAACAACAUGUUUUGUUGGAGGAUGUGCUCAUUCAGAUGAGAUUAUACUUGAUAAAGAUUUUCCUUGGGGAGCAUGGUCUGAAUGUUCUACUAGCUGUGGCAGUGGGGAAAAGCAUCGGGAGCGAAAUUGUACCACACAAAAUUGUCCUUGUCCUAGCAUAGAAUACACUUUUUGCAGUAUUGCUGAAUGUCCAAUUCCUGGAUACUGGGCACAGUGGACACCAUUUUCACCAUGUUCAACUACUUGUGGACCUGGUACCCAAAAUCGUACAAGAGAAUGUAUUCCACCUCAAUUUAAUGGAGUAACGUGUGAAGGUAAAAGUGCUGAAAACAAAGAAUGCUCAGAGAACCCACCUUGUAAAAUUAAUGGCAAUUACACAGAAUGGACUUACUGGAGCUCUUGCACCAAAGAAUGUGGGGGUGGAAAGCGUAUUCGAAGUCGCUCUUGUAGUAUGCCAUUGCCACAAAAUGGUGGUUUAACUUGUAUUGAACAAAGUCUUGGAUUGGCUUCUGAUGAAGAGGACUGUAACACACAUCACUGUCCAAUUAAUUGUAAAUAUUCUGACUGGACAACAUGGAGCUCAUGCACAGCAUGUGGUUAUGGAAAGAGAACAAGACAAAGAUAUCAGAAUCCCCCUUCAGCUUAUAACGGAACUGAAUGUCAAGGGGAAAACAAUCAAACUGAAGAGUGCUUUGUUGAAUGUUGCAGCGCAAAGUAUCAAAAAAUUGAUUGCUUCAAAGAUAAUCAUGAAAGUGUCCAACCAAUGCCUGAAGUUCUUUUUAACAACUCUGAAAUUGCACGAAACCAUUACAAUGAUUGGAACAAUUAUCUUGCAGAGUUAGUUUGUAAAUGUGCAGUUAUUACUCAAGAAAAAAAAUACACCCACUUUGCUCUACAAAAUUUAGGUGUUUGUCUUUCAGGACCUUAUGUAAACAACACUUUUCAAAAGGAUGGUUUAUCAACAUUGUGCAUUUCUAAACUUCCAGAUCCUCUUCCAGGAACAAAUGCAUCUUAUCUACGUUGUCAAAAAGAAGACCAACAUUGUGCGGGAUCAAACAAUAAUGCAAUGUUUGUGUACGGUUUACAAGAUGUAAUUCCAGUUGAUUGUGGAUAUUCUGAAUGGGAAGCUUGGGAACCUUGUUCAGAAACAUGUGGUGUUGGCCUUAAGACUCGAUACCGACAUCCAAAUAAUCCUGCUGCAAGCUAUGGUGGAAAAAACUGUUCUGAACCACUUUAUGAAGCAGUAAGCUGUCAGGAAAAAAUCUGUGAGGUGCCACCAUCUUGGAGCUCUUGGUCUAACUAUGGUGAAUGCUCUCUUACAUGUGGAGAGGGAAUAAGUAUGAGAUAUCGAGAAUGUAACAACCCACCACCACAACAAAAUAGCAAAUUAUUUUGUAUUGGAAAUAGUACUGAAAUUUUGCCUUGCAAAAUGUCAGAGUGUGCAGUUAAUGGCAAUUGGAGCAAUUGGACAGAAUGGAGUAAAUGCUCCAAGACAUGCGAUUCUGGAGUCCAGAGUCGCAACAGAAAAUGUAAUAAUCCUCCCCCAGCCUAUGGUGGGCUUCAAUGUAUUGAUCAUCCAAAUGAAACAAGAGCUUGCAAUAUGGAACCUUGUGAAAUUCCACCUGGACCAUGGCAGCCAUGGGGCCCAUGCUCUGUUUCAUGUGGCACUGGAACUAGAAAUAGAGUAAGACUGUGUCCUUCAGGCCACUGUUAUGGAGACUUAUCAGAAACAGAACUAUGUGAAAUGGAAAAAUGUCCAGUUCGUUGUGAGAAGAUAUUUGAUCUAGGCUUUCUAGUUGACUUUUCUGGAGAUGCAAAUGUUUAUUUUCCACUAUAUACUAAAAAUUUUAUAAUUGAAACAGCUCUUCAGUUUGAUAUAUCAGCAAACAAGUCACACUUUGCUUACCUCCCAUAUAGUACAAUACCUUCCUUGCUUCUACAGAACAAUUUGUUUUCAAAUCCUGAUAUAAACAACUUAUUGCCUGGCGAUGUAUCCAAUCAGCGUGCUUAUUUAUAUAGUGUUGUUAUACCAGAACCAGACCCAGAUAAAUCCAUUAAAAAAGGAUCUUCUUUCCUAAACCGUGGUCUUGUAGCGGCAAGUACAACUAUGUUUGCAGUUGAAAAUGGCAUGAGACCUGAUAAAAAUAAAGCACUUGUGGUAAUUUCUAAUGGGAAACAAGAUGUUCAACAAAUACCUAAUCCGACAGAUAUUUCUUUAUAUGAUGCAAGAAGGCUUCUUGAAAACAAAGGUGUAAUAAUUGUUGCAGUUGCUAUUGGUGAUGAAAUUAAUAUUGAAAAUCUUAAUUUAAUUGCAUCAGAUCCCACUUACAUAAUAAAAACACAGUAUGUGGAAUUACAAAGCAAAAUAGCUGAGAUCACAAACAAAAUCUGUGAUUUAAAAGGCCAUUGGGGUACUUGGGGCAAUUGGACCACAUGCAGUGUUUCAUGUGGUGAUGGCAUUAAAUCAAGAACUAGAUCUUGUGUUGAUGGGAAAGCUGGGGAAGGUCUCUGUGUGCCUAAAAAUGCAGAAAAUGAUGAAGUUGGCUGCAACUUGGGACCUUGCCCAACAGAGUGCAAGACUCAAGUUGAUCUUGCUUUUAUUGUUGAUAUGUCCGAAAGUGUAACUAAUGUGGAACCAGAUCAACAAGAAGCUAUUAUUAAUUUUAUUAUCAAAUUAGCUUUAAUGUUUCCAAUAUCAAAAGACCAAGUACAUUUUGCUUAUUUCCCAUAUGGAACAGAACCAAAACUGGAUAUACCAGAUCAGUUUUUUGAUGGUGCAAUGAACAAUUGGACUUUGUCAGACAAACAGAAACAAGAAGAUUUUUUAAGAAAAAUGAUAAUUCUAGAGUCAAGAGGUUUUAGUUAUACAUGGUCUGCAGCAAUCACAGCUCGUGAAUCAAUAUUCACAACACAGAAAGGUAUGAGAAGUAAUGUUAAAAAAGUUGCUAUCUUAUUCACUGAUGGUGUUUACAAUGGAAAUCAUGACACAAAAAAAGAAUGGCAGUAUGUGAAGGACCAAGGUAUCCAAGUUAUUGCAAUUGGAAUAGGAAGUCCAAUUAAUACUAAUAACUUAGAGUUAUGGGCAUCUAACAAAAACUCAGUUUUUAGUGCAACAACAUACCAAGAAGCUGAUGCUUUCAUUCCAACUAUAGGAGAUAAUGUCUGCAAAUCAUUGAUUAGUUAUUGGGGUAGUUGGAGCAAUUGGACUUCAUGCAGUGUUACUUGUGGAGAUGGAAUUAAAUCAAGAACUAGAAUGUGUGUUGAUGGAAUAGCUGGUGAAGGCCUUUGUUUGCCAAAAAAUGCUGAAAAUGAAACAGUGGCCUGCAAUUUAGGAUCCUGUCCUAUAGAAUGCAAAACUCAAGUUGAUUUGGCAUUUAUUGUUGAUAUGUCUGAAAGUGUUACUAAUGUGGAACCAGAUAGACAAGAAGCUAUUAUUAAUUUUAUUAUCAAAUUAGCUUUAAUGUUUCCAAUAUCAAAAGAUCAAGUGCAUUUUGCUUAUUUCCCAUAUGGAACAGAAUCAAAAUUGGAUAUACCAGAUCAGUUUUUUGAUGGUGCGAUGAACAGUUGGACUUUGUCAGAUAAGCAGAAACAAGAAGAACUAUUAAGAAAAAUGAUAGUUUUAGAGUCAAGAGGUUUUAGUUAUACACGGUCUGCAGCAAUCACAGUUCGUGAAACAAUAUUCACAACACAGAAAGGUAUGAGAAGUAAUGUUAAAAAAGUUGCUAUCUUAUUCACUGAUGGUGUUUAUAAUGGGAAUCAUGACACACAAAAAGAAUGGCAGUAUGUGAAGGAUCAAGGUAUCCAAGUAAUUGCGAUUGGAAUAGGGAGUCCAAUUAAUACUAGUAACCUAGAGCUCUGGGCGUCAAGCAAAAACUUUGUUUUUAAUGCAACAACAUAUGAAGAAGCUGAUGCUUUUAUUUCAUCUGUUAGUGAGAAUGUGUGCAAACCAUUAUUAAAUGAGCCAUCUUCUACUGUAGUUAAAACAAUAAUUGAGCCUAAUUCUACACCUAGUCCAUUGUUAUGCCAACGAAAGCUUAAUAUACUACUGGUAAUUGAUGCAUCAUCAAGUCUAAUCAAUAUUUGGGAGGAGAUAAAACAAUUUAUUGCUAACUUUAUAAAUCAGUUUGAUUUUGGGCAAGUUGCUUUUGCAGCAGUACAGUAUGCAUCUUCUGCAACAACUGCAUUUGAGUUUUUAUCAGACAGACAAGCAGUAUUAGAUGCAGUUGCAAAAAUGAAAAUCCUAAAUGGAACAAGUGCUAUUGAUGUUGCUCUAAAGUUUGUUUACAGUAACAUGCCAAAGACUUUUAAAGAAGAUGUUCCUUAUGUUGUUUUGCUUCUUACAUAUGGAAAAUCUACUGUGGAUGGCAAAACCCUUUAUAAAGCAGCGAAACCAAUUAGGCAAUCAGGCAUAUAUGUUGUAACAGUCGCUAUUGGACAAUCAAAUUUCUCUGAACUUUUAAAUAUAACAAGAAAUAAAAAUGCAAUAUUUCAAAUCACUGAUAUAGCAAAACAUAGUAGUUAUGUGCAACUUUUGACAAAUAAUGUUUGUAAUUCACCAUUAGUAAAAUCUGGUUGGGUUGAAGAACAUCUGGGAUACACAUAUGAACCUUGUGUUAUGUUUACAUUUGACUUAAACUGCAUGGAUGAUUCUUUUACUAAUCACAUUAUCUAUGAUGAAUCAAGAUGGGGAAAUGAUGGUUUUAUAACUGAUGAUGUCUCAAUUGAUGAUUUUACUCCCCACUGCAAGACAAAACUGUCAUUCAAUGAUCCUGGAUAUCUUGUCUUUAAUGGUUCAAAGUUUAGAAACAAACCUGUUGAUGGAAUUACAAUUGCAGCAUGGCUUCUACUCAAUCCUGGAUAUACACAUACAAUAUUUUAUGUCAGCAAUUCAGAUAAUCUAACUCUAUACGAUUUGGAAGUCGAUACAGAUGGAGCAAUUAAUUUUUUUAUUAAAUAUGAAAAUAAAACAAUUUUUGGUUUAAAAAGUAACAAAAACGUUUUUAAAUUCGAUAACGAAUGGGUUCACCUUGCAGUAACUUAUGAUUUAGAUGAUAAUAAGGGAUAUUUGUAUGUAAAUGGAAUUGCCUUGGAGCCAAAAUACCUAACUAAUCAACAAGAAGUUAUCUUUUUACCAGGAGAUUGGAGUGGUCAUAUUAGAAUUGGUAAAGACAAACCUGGAAGUAGGAAACAAUUAACAGGAUCUAUUGAUGAGUUUUAUCUCUUCCCCGGAGCUUUAUCAGCUGACGAUAUAUUCAAUUUAAAAGGAUUUUGUGGUCGAUAUAAGCAUCGUGUUUUAACUUAUUCUGGAAUUCUUUAUGAAAUUUUUGAACAACCAACUAGCGAGAAGGUAUCAGACUUAAAAGCAGAGUUAAAUGAUAAGACGCCUGCUUUCAGAGUUGUUCUAGAAAAUUUUAUUGCUCCAGAACUUCCAGAUGGUUAUUCUAUUACUAACGGAAGAUUCGCCGCAAAAUUUAGUGGUUACUUUAUUCCUCCGAUAAACUCUGAGUACACUUUUCAAAUGGAAGGUGACGGAGACACUGCAAUCUUUAUGAAUGUAAAUAAAUCAUCAAUCGUUUCGGAUGUCGUUUAUUUAACUACAAAGGAUAAAAAAACAGAAAAAGAAACCUACAAAGUUUUUUUACACCCUGGGAAACGUUAUUACAUAGAAUUAUUUCAACUUUCAACGGAUCGACAAAAUCGUUUAAAACUUGGUUAUCAAGCGCAAUGUCGUGAGAAAACAAAAAUUCUUGUCUCAGAGAAUAUUAUUAAUAAAGCCAACAUUAUCUACGACAUACCAAGAAACUGCACAAUAAUCAACAAUUACGUGCACGGUACACCUGAUGAUCAAUACAGUUUACGUUUAAGCUCAAAAUGUGAUGUAGUCAGCACAUACUGCUAUAAUAUGACAAAAUUUAAACAACGUGGAACACCAAAAGAAUAUCUUACCUUGAUUUCUGGCCCUGAAAGAAAUUACGCAAGCUUUUACAGACCUCGUCUUGUAAACUUUAAUACCUGUCAAGGAGAUGUUGUUAAUGAACCAUUAGAGUCUGAAAAAAGAUGGGGUAAAACAUGGUUUCGUCGAGUACACGUAAACACGUCUACUAUGUUGAUUACCCGUAAUGAUUUUCAAUUUGCGUAUUCUGAAGGAAGAGAAAUUACUUAUGGUUCAGCGGGUGAUUGCUAUUCAAAAAGCUCUGAAGACUGUCGGCAAGGGCGGUUUAGCAUUGAUCUUUCAAAAACUGGAGCACACAUUCACGGAAAUUUGCGAUGGGCUGCAACGGGAUAUCCAGAAAAUAUGAUAGAGCGCAUAACAAGUUUCAAAUCGUCACCUAAUAACAAUGUUAUUUCCGCUAAUUGUGGUGGAUCUUGCGCUGUCUGUGAACCAGAGACUAAAACACUUAUGAUUUUACCUGAUAUAUGCUCUUCAGACAGUUUAGGUACAAAGAAAAAUAAAAUUCAUCAUCCUCGUAUACCAAGGAAGCACAAAAGGUCAAGACCUUGGUGGUAUUUUUGGUAAAACCGAAAUGUUAAACAAAAAUUUUUUUUUUUUUUAUUAUACACUUUAUAUUAAAGCAAUCAAGUUAAAAAAUCA